AUGUUCAUUGUCGCCGCGUGCGCCCUGGCUGUUUUCACUGACUCGUACCUCUAUAGUAUGGUGGUCCCAAUCCUCCCUUUCGCACUGGUCAAUCGGGCAGGAGUACAGGAGAGUGAUGUCGGACCAUGGACAUCGGCACUAUUGGCCUGCUAUGCGGCAGCCAGUUUGGCGAUCUGUCCGGUUGCUGGCUAUCUGGCAGAUUAUUUCACCUUACGCCGCACCACCUUCAUUCUCGGUCUUCUCGUCCUUGCCGGCUCCACCACGCUCUUGUGUAUUGGCUCAUCAACGGCCCUCUUUGUCCUUGGAAGACUUCUGCAGGGUGCCUCGAGUGCCAUCACAUGGACUACAGCACUCACCGUUGCGGCAGAAACCGUGGACACGAGUGAAGUGGGGAGAACUAUGGGCUUCUGUAGCCUAGGGAUGAGCCUAGCCAUGCUUCUCGGUCCUAUCCUGGGAGGACUGUUGUUCCAACACCGUGGCUACCAAUCUGUCUAUGGUCUCGCAUUCGGCCUCCUCGCUAUUGAUAUUAUCUGGAGGCUCUUGAUCAUGGAAAGAAACGUCGAUACUCAGAAUAUCGACCCCCAGCGUUGGAAUUACUGGACCUUUGACUACGGAGAUGAUGGCACGCCCAGAAUAGUCCCGCUGGGUCAGAGGGACGAAUUUUUCGACGUAGAGUCACUCUCUUGGGGGACACGAACUCUACAGCCCGAAGAUUCACCAGGAGAUACAAGUUCGGCCAUUACAUCACAACAUAUUAAUCACGCGUUGCCUAAAUUUGCCCAAUGGGCAAUCAUUCUACGAGAUGCCCGGCUCCAGGUUGCCCUUUGGGCGAGUCUUGUGCAAGUCACCUUGAUCGCUUCCUUGGAUGCCGUUCUCCCUCUUUUUGUCCACAGAAUAUUCUCCUGGGGACCGCAAGGCGCCGGUCUGAUCUUCAUCCCUGUGGUGAUCCCAUCUCUCCUGGCGAUUUGUGCAGGCAGUAUUGUCGACAUCGUUGGCCCUAAAUGGGUUGUGAUAGCCGGAUUCUCGGCUGCAGCCCCCGCAUUAUUGAUGUUACGGCUGAUCGAAGAAGACACUGUUGGCCAGGUCGUUCUAUUGUGUGCUCUACUCCUCCUCUUGAGCACGGGAUUGGCUUUCGUCGGCGCGCCGUUGAUGGCGGAGAUCACGUUCGCGGUCGAGGCAAUCGAACACACUCGCCCUGGAGCAUUCGGUCCUAGGGGGGCUGUUGCGCAGGCCUAUGCCUUCUAUUAUGUAUUUGUUUCUGGUGGCUUGUUGAUAGGCCCCCUCUGGGGCGGCUUUGUCGAAAAGAUCGCAGGGUGGAAGACAAUGACCUUGACUUUUGCCCUCCUCAUCAAAUACAGCUUCUACCUCAUCCAGGUUUACUCACGAAGCACUAGAGCUCUAAACAUGUUCACCAUGAUGGACAGAAAACAACAUGCCGAACGGAAAAAGAUGAUAUCGAAAAGCUACACUAAAUCAACUAUCUUGUCUUCCGGCGCCCUACGAGAGACGUUCAAUGUUCUGGUCUCAGAGCAGCUCUUGCCACUCAUAGAAGAGAGUUCCACCACGAGGAUACCAAUAGAAGUGUGCGAUCUAAAUCGAGCAUAUGCGAUGGAUAUCUUCACAAGCUACCAGUACGGGUCCUCCUUGAAAACAACAUUCAUCCAAGACAUGAAGCGCCGUCAAUGGUACUUUACGAGAUAUUUUCGGAGCAGACCCUAUUUUUUUGCCAUGACAGAGAUGCCAGGUUUUCUUACUCUCCUCUCUCGGCUAAGCGCUCCCUUCAGAGCGAGGUCGAUCAAGAAGGCUCUCAACGAGCUUGAGAAUUGGAACCUCGAAAUGUGCGACAAGGCUGUGGGGCUUAUCAUUGCCGAAGAAUCGAGUGGGAUUGGCAUGGCGAAGAGGGAGUACCCUGUCAUUUUGGCGCAACUAUAUGUCUCACUACAACGUUUCCACUCAGAGAUUACGGAUCUCAGUUCGCCGCAGAAACAGUCUGCCUACCCUUUUCGAUACGAACUUGCUAGCGAAAUGUUCGACCACAACUUGGGUGCUCACGAAACCAUUGGAAAUGCUAUUUCGUGCAUUCAAUUUGAGCUGUCGCGUCAUCCAAAAGUCCAGGAAAAAUUGCUCUUCAAGCAGUCGACUCCUGUCCAUUAUUAA